CUUUCAAGAACAAAUUCGAAAAGAAAUCUCCAAAUUAUAUGAUCAAAACCCUGAUUAUAAAAUUGUUGUUACUGGUCACAGUUUAGGAGGAGCAUUGGCUUUGUUUGCCGCUCUCGACAUUAAACAAUUCAUUGGAGGAUGCAACCCACUUCUAUACACCUACGGUGAACCUCGAUGUGGGAAUUCUAUUUUUGCUUCAUUUGUGGAUAAAACUUUAGGUACCGUUUAUAGAGUUGUUAAUCAAGCCGAUGAAGUGCCUCAUUUGAUUCCUCCAGUUAAUUAUCAACACCACAAAGGUGAAGUUUGGAUUGCUAAUACUACUGCUAACGAAGCGGUCAAAUGUUCAGGCGAUGAGAACAAAUACUGUUCUGAUUCUGUUAAAUUUAGCGAUCGGAAUUCUAUAGAUCACGAUGGCCCAUAUUGGGGUGUCCUUAUAAAUAAGGGCUUCUGUGAAUAG